AUGUACGGUCAGUCCAGCUCGUCGGGCAAUUCGGCUCCCGCGCAACGCAGGACCACUCCACAACCCGCUCAAUCGUCCGCCUCGCAGCCGCCACCACCGCCGCCCACGCAGGUUCUUCUCACGUCGCCUCCACGGGAGGCAGCGACGACGGCGACCGUCACGCAACGCCCGUACUUCACCCUCUGUACCGUGACGAGUGGACCACAGCAGUUGCAAUACAGCGCUCCGCAGCAACAACAAAUGCAGCAGCAGGCAGUGAGCUGUGUAGCCUCGACAGACACUCAAUGGUCUGCAGUACCGCACUUUCAUAGAAGCGCCGCGCCUGUGUCGGCUUCUCUCAUUCAAACAACGGUACAAGCACCACUUCGAGAAGCCGGCCGUGGGGGCGCGGAGCACAGUGUCGCCGCACGACCUUACAGCACGAAGUCGUUGCCCUCCUCACCGCUGAUGACACUCUCACACGACCUGCCCAUCUCCCAGUCCUCAACGGCAGCGACAGUUAAUUCCUACACCGCCUUUGUAGAUGCCGAUUCGCUCCGCGGCUACCAGCAGGCAACCGCCACUCCCCACUUCACACCUUUCUUUCUGACAAGCGUGGGCGAUUCACUCAAGACCAACUUGAGCGUGGGCGGCGCGCACUACAUCGACAGAACAGACAACAGCGCUCUUUACCAGUCGCUGAGCAACUGCACACUCCCGCAGCGGUCGUCGAAGCAGCAGCCACAACAGCCAUCCCCACCACAGCUGUCUGCGCAGUCGAAGACCGUGGCAUCGCCAUCCGUGCCCGUCGCAGCGGUCAUUUCAGCGGACGCAACUUCUUACCCCACCUCCGCCAACUCCUCGCUCGUGUUUGCAUCUCCGAAUGCGCGAGAGGCGGCCUUGGACACGUCCGCGACUUUCUUCGCUAAGUUGGGAACCGCCUUUGCGCAAACGCCAGGACCGCAGCAACAGCAACAGCUACCGCAGCCGCACGGCACCUCCUCGAACUUCACACUUCAGCAGCUCCCGAGUCAUCUGCAGACGGCGUUUCAGCCUCUGUCUUUUACCGCGGCAGCAAGUGUGCGGCCUGCCGUGCAGGCCAUCCUCAUUGAGCAGCCGACGGCACCGCACGCCGCAUCGCAGCUCCCGCAUCGCAUUGACAGCGGGCACUCCACGACACGAAAUGCGGCAGUGCAGCAGCAUUUUGACUCCUCCGCCGCAGAUAGAGAAACGGGCCGCUUUCCGAAGAGCCGCCUGCGUAGGACUUCAUUCAGCUUCGCAGAGGCACCACAGGGGCUACCACAAUCUUCAUCAGGGCCGCAACCGCCGCAGCAGCAACAGCAGCAACAACCGCAAUAUCCGCCUAUUUAUUCUUCCUUCACACCCGCUCAAGAGCACCGUCACCCCGCCGUCGUGCACACGGAGCGAGUGAAUGUCUCGUCGGGGAUGCGGAUGGAAAGCCAAGUGAGGUCUUCACUCACCGGCGAACCUGCACCUUCACAGCGACUGACGCGCAUCUCCUUCCCCUCUCUGACCAGCGCAGCCUUGAACAACAGCGUAAACGAGCACCAAUUCCACCCCCCGCGACAGCAGCAUCACAGCAGCGCUCCUGCUGCGGUGACUAGGUUUGCCCAUCUUCCCCAAUCACACCCAGAAGACCAGAGGCAGCACCAUCAGCAACUACAACACGCUUUUCCGCGACGAGAUCUGCGUCUUUCAACGACCGGGUCCUCGACAAACACGAACACAGCAGCAGCAGCAGCAGCUUCCUCAACUGACGCCCCCCAAGCCAUCACCUCUCCUCCGCAAACUCCCUCCCAAAAUAUCACGCGUCGCAACCGCGAUAAGGCGGUGCUGUUUGUCGGCCAACUCAACUACGAGGCCACGGAGGCGGAUGUCGCGCAGAUCUUUUCAUGCUACGGCAAGCCGCUAAGCGUCGUGGUGUUGAAGGACAAAGGCAAGUCCUCGCGACGAGUCAAUGCAGCAGGACCAGCAGCAGCAGCAGCAGCAGCAGCAUCACACAGUAGUGCUGCCCGACGUAAGGUGGGCGGCUCGGCCUUUGUGACCUACAGCAGCACGGUGGAGGCAGACACGGCGAUUACGGCGUUGCACGGUCGCUACAACGCCAAGGACGACGACCCCGACAACGACGAUGAGGCAAAGUACCUGCAAGUCAGCUACGGUCAGCAGACGGGGCUCAUUUCAACCUUCGGGACGAUGCACGCGGAGCGGCUGCACGCGUCGAAGCCCGAGAACCCGAUUCCGUUAAUUGUGCUGGAAGGACGUAGCGCGAAGGCGACAUCCCCGCAGCCGGAAGAAUCUCUGGCAGAGGAGAGUGCAGGCGUUGAGUGGAAAUGA